UGUUAGUAUUUACCAUAAAAAUCGACAACAAUCAUGACAAAUAGUUGUAGCAGCCUUCGCUUGCCUCCUAGUUUUUUUUUUUCUUUAUCAGAACAGUCCGGUCACGGUGAUGACGCACGAGGAGCCGGGAGAGAGAGUGAAAGAGACUUCGCUCUCAAGAUCACGUUUCCUCAGUGAGCAUCCUGCUCUCUGACAGUGAACAGUCUCCUGACGGUGAUGCUGGGAGGUAUAGGAUGUGAUGCUAAGGCAGAUGGAAGAUUUAUAGUCUACGGUUUCUCUCGGAGAGUCCGGACCACCUGUCACUUCUCUCUGAGGACAAACUAACACAAAGAGGAGAAAAGAGGCAGAGACGCGCGUAAAUUCUCUGUGCGUCUUCGCCGCGCCAUGUCUCACCAGCUCCUCUGACCGCCAACUGCCUCUUCCUUCUUGGAUGAACUUUCUCGCCGCCUGCGGGGACGCUGCCGCUCGCACUGAGAUCAUGAAGACGACGCGGAAAUGUCGCGCGUUGCUGUCGGUGGGUCUGAACCUGGUGGCCCUGUUCUUCUCCACCACCGCCUUUAUCACCACGUACUGGUGCGAGGGCACCCAACGCGUCCCCAAGCCCAACUGCAGCAAGCAGCGGCGCCACAAUUGCAUCGACUAUGGCGUGAACGAGACGGACCAGAACAAGGUGCACUACAGCUGGGAGACCGGGGACGACCGCUUCCUCUUCCGCCGCUUCCACACCGGCAUCUGGUACUCCUGCGAGGAGAACAUCCACGAAGCAGGUGAGAAGUGUCGGAGCUUCAUUGAUCUGGCCCCAGCGUCGGAGAGAGGUGUGUUGUGGUUGUCAGUGGUGUCGGAGGUGCUCUACAUCCUGCUGCUGGUGGUCGGCUUCAGUCUGAUGUGUCUCGAGCUUUUCCACUCCAGCAACGUCAUCGAUGGACUCAAACUCAAUGCCUUUGCCGCCGUCUUUACCGUGCUGUCCGGUCUUCUGGGUAUGGUGGCCCACAUGAUGUACACUCAGGUGUUCCAGAUCACAGUCAGUCUGGGUCCUGAAGACUGGAGGCCUCACAGCUGGGACUACGGCUGGUCCUUCUGCAUGGCCUGGGGUUCCUUCACUUGCUGCAUGGCUGCCUCCGUCACCACCCUCAACUCCUACACCAAGACAGUGAUCGAGUUCAGACACAAACGCAAGCUGUUUGAGCAGGGCCUGCGCGAGGAGCAGAACUACCUGGACCAGGAAGCUUUCCACUACUUCCGGGACCGAUCCCUCCAGUCUAUCUCCAGCACUGUUGAGGUCUACCCUGGCCACGGUGGGACCAGAGCUGGGCUCGUCGUAGGGGGCCCGGGUCCAGGUCCAGGACCAGGGCCAGGUCCCGGUCCUGGACGAGGCAAGAUGAGAGCUACGUCAGCCUCUAUAGACCUGGGGGAGAACACAGACUCACUGGGGGAGGAGCAGUGCUGAGCCAUCAAUGGGAAAGUGAGGGUUAUGUGGGAUAAUGGGGCGAACUGCUACUUUAGGUCUGAACUGGCCACAGGUUCUGCCACUGAACACAAAAGCACAGCAGCCCUUGUUUUCUGUUUGAAGAAGAAUAGUAACUUGACGAGAAGAGAUGGAGGCAGUGAAAUUUAUUAACAUGUUAAAUGAAAAUCAAUAUAAAAACAGACUGUGAGAUCUUUGACUUCGUGGAUUAAGAAUUUUUGUGGAAAGCAGGUGUUGACCAGGAUAUUUAAGGUGCUAUGUGUAGUAUUUAACAUCUGUAUUAAUUUUGAUAAAUUAAUAGGCCCCUAUGGCCUAAAAUGGCAAUUACGAAAUAAUGGUGUAUACUGAAGAGUAGCGUAACAGUAGCACAACUAGAGUACCGUUAUAAUGUCAGUGUCACAGGAAUAUCUAUAAAAGUUGCUAACAUUAGCUACUAUCAGCUACUAGUCAUAAUAGACUAAGUGAUGCUGUCACAGCAAAACAGCUGAGGGUACUGAACUGAGCUGACAACAGAAGGAAUAUGUUAUAUUUAUUUCUUAGGUAUAUUUUAGACUGUGAAGAUUACAACUAAAAAGAAUGAUGACAUUUAAAGAAAGCAUUGGUGGAUAUCUUGAAUAAGAGAGAUACCAACAAUUGCCAAGAAGUGUUCUGCAUGCAGGGAAACUUAAUGGGGGCUGCUGUUUAAUUGCUGAGAAAUUAAUUAUUUAACUUUGUUAAAAUCACAAAGGAGAUACAAAUAUGGGUAGUAAACCACAGGAAUGUGUCACUUUUUCUUAAAAAUCUUUGAGAGGUGAGGAGGUAGCCCAAAGUUUUCUUUUUCAAACAGCAUCUUGUGGCAUUAGAAGAACUGUGCUUAGAGGUAUUUUAUUGUGGGUCUACAGUCUUUAUCUAUUAUUGUCUCUCAUCCUUCCCCUGGUUCUUCAGAACAAACACAGAAUGAUUUAGAGGUGGGGAAACAGGGAACAAGGAACAAGCAUGAUCUGCCAUUGGACAGCAGACUGUCUGACAAACACAAAAUACUACACAUAGCCCUUUUAAACCGGUUGUGUCCGGGCCAUGCCCCAUUUAUGACGCUGAAUGUGAAAACUAGUGUUGAGAGUUAUUAUUAAAACUACAUGUCUGCUCA